ACGCUUACUGAGGACCACGAGACUGGGGCCGAACCUGAAGCAAAACGGAGGAAAACCAGAAAGGGCACUCACAGUUGCUGGGAGUGCAGGCGACAGAAACUGAAGUGCAUAUUUAGCGCACCCACCGAUACUAUCUGCUUCCGAUGUCAGCAACGCAACACUAAAUGCGUUAGCCAAGAAUUCCCCGAGGAGGUGUCCGCCCCUGUGGAGCGGACUCGUCGGAUGGGUGACCGUGUUGUGAGAGUGGAGGCACUAGUCGAGCAGUUAGUCAAGAAAGUUGGCAGUCAUAACGACGGCACGGCUGUUGUUUGUAGAACCCCUGCCAGCGAAGACGGUGGAAAUCCUCGUCAUGGUAUUCCCACCCCUGUUUCAACUGUUGAAUCCGACUCUUCACGUUUCCUAGCUUUAUACAAGCCUUCUAAGGUAUGGAAAUAUGAAAAACUAUCCCGACUCUUGUAUGAUUCUUUGCCAACUAGAGAAGAUACCGAGAUGAUAUACUCAGCUCGUGGUCACUCUUCGAUGCUUUUCCACGAAGUCUGGACUAUUCCAUACACAAUUCUCGAUCAAGGUGAUCAGAAAUGGUCAGAGAAUAAAAUCGUGGCUCCAGGCCCGAAAACACACCCCGUUAUCAUAGCCAGAUACAUGCUUCAUCUCGCCGUUUUCCUUCAACAUAUCCCGCCAGAAUUCCACAAGGAGGCUAGAGGCCUGUCAGAAUCACCACGGACUAUAAUGAAACGACUAGUAGACAUGGCCAUUGGUCUUGUUACAACGAAUGAUGAGCUCAUCGGUAGUAUCGAGGGCCUUGAAUGUGUCAUGAUGGAGAGUUUGUAUCAAUCUAACACAGGUAAUCUGCGACGAAGCUGGAUAGCAAUCCGGCGAGCUUUGGUUAUUGCGCAGCUAAUGGGGCUUCCCCGAAGGGGUAGUCGAGCACAGUACAAGUUUUUGGAUCCUAAAACAAAGGCUGACCCACUGUUCAUGUGGUUCCGAAUUGUCUUCCACGACCGCCAUCUCUGUCUUAUGCUGGGUCUUCAGCAAGGCUGUCUUGAUCACAGUAUGACUUCUGACGCGAUGAUGGCAAGUGAGACUCCCGUUGGACGCCUUGAGCGCAUGCAUUGCGUUCUCGCAUCUCGUAUCCUACAACGCAACGAAUCGGAUCCCAGCUGUCGUGAUUUUGACGUGAUGCGAGAUCUAGACAUGGAAUUGCAAAAAGUGACCAGAAUACUGCCCAACAAGUGGUGGCUCGUGCCUGACCUCGCUCGGUCUAUGAGCGAUUCGCAUGCUCUGUUUUGGGACAUGAGAAGGCUAUUUGUUCAACUAUUCCACUACAACCUGCUCAACCAACUCCACCUACCCUACAUGCUUCGUUCCUCAGACGAACGCAAGUAUGACUAUUCCCGAAUCACCUGCGUGAAUGCCUCUCGGGAAAUACUCUCCCGCUUCGUCAUGUUCCGCAGCUUCAACCAGAGUACCUUUUGCUGUCGCAUGGUGGACUUUUUCGCACUGAUGGCCGCUAUGACGCUACUUCUGGCGCUUAUUGAUAGUCAUCGCUCUUCAUCAGCCGAAAAACUUCUUGCCCAUCAAUACCUCACUGAUCGUGCCAUGAUAGAGCAGGCACAAGAAAACAUGGAAGAGGUCAAUCGUCUCAACACCGAUCUGCUGAGUGCACAAGGUGCCGAUUUGCUGCGGCGCUUACUGGCGAUUGAAGCCGAGGCUGCGGACGGGCAUAUGUAUAGGGCUGAAGGCGUGAGUGUUCAGGUGCCAGAAUCUGAGUUGGCGCAAUCAGAAGAAGAUAAUAUAAGUGAGUUUCGCAUGUACAUACCUUAUUUUGGGACCAUCAAGAUUGCCCGCGAUGGUGUGAUCUCGAAGAAGAUACCCGCCGCCGAGCAACUUCUCGGAGCAAGCAGCAAUAAUUCCCAACUUCCAAUAACCAACGAAUUCAACAAAACUACCCCGGAGAUCCGGAAUUCAGAGACAAGAAUCUAUUCAUCCAGCUACGCCCAGCCCUAUGCAAAUAUACAGCCGCAACUACCGGCGUCAUCUCCAGGCAACAACAGCGUUGCAGCGCCGUUUAUGCCACAGCUUUCAGGGUCUAUCUCCGAUACUCUUCUGCAGCAGCCCGAGUAUCCUGUUCUAGCGGCGGAUGUAGACAACUGGGCAUUUCAAGGGGUCGACAUGGCUUUUUUCGAUAGUUUAAUGAGAGGA